GGCGAGGUAGGAACAGGAUCUGCUGGCUCCGGCUCGGUUUCCUCACACAGGUCCCUCCAGCUGGAGCCACGACAAUAGGGAGGAAGGGGCGCGGAGCUGCUGCGGGGCUUUUCCCUCCCCAGGCAGGAGCAGGACCUGUUCCGGGUGACUGCAGGGUUACUCGCGGUCAAGGGUAUCGCCUUGAAGAGCCGGCUCCUCCUGGCUGGAGCGAGGCUGGAUGGCUGGGCGCAGCCUCUCAGCCUCUCGCACCCGCCCUGCGUCCGCAGUGGCUGUUGGCGCAGCAGCCCCGCGGGUGUUCCGGGCUCAGUCCCCGCUCCCCAGCGCCAGACGCACUCUGGGCCAAGUUCUCCUUCCGCUCGCUGCUUUCUGCCCCAGGACCCGGAUCAAUAAAGGGAAGGAGAGCCGGGAGGAAAUGAUGGAGAACAGAGAGAAAGGAGGUGCUUGAUUUCGCUCACCAAGCAGUUAGUGCUCACCGGCAGACACCGGGCGCUGGUCACGCGUCUUAGACACCAAAUCUCGGCUCGCUGGUCCCUUUGAGGAGGUCGCCUGGGGUUCCCGCAGCCCUCCACCCCACCGUAGGAGAGUGCCUGCCACGAGCUCCGCGCCGCGCUAAGUGAUUUGCUACGUGAACUCUUAGUUUUCCCAACAUCCGUAAGUCGCGGAUACGUUAUCACCCACGUAUUGCGGACGAGGGAACCGCCUCGGAGAAGCUGGCUGGCUCGCCUGGAGUUUUGCAGCUAGUGGCGGAGCCAGGAUUCCGAGCAGAUGAGCUCCACAAACCCAAAGCUAUACAGACUGAGGUCAAACCCUCUGUGAGGUUUAACCUCCGCACCUCCAAGGACCCAGAGCAUGAAGGAUGCUACCUCUCCCUCAGUCACAGCCAGCCCUUAGAAGACUGCGGUUUCAACAUGACAGCUAAAACCUUUUUCAUCAUUCACGGAUGGACGAUGAGCGGUAUCUUUGAAAACUGGCUGCACAAACUCGUGUCAGCCCUGCACACAAGAGAGAAAGAUGCCAAUGUAGUUGUGGUUGACUGGCUCCCCCUGGCCCACCAGCUUUACACGGAUGCGGUCAAUAACACCAGGGUGGUGGGACACAGCAUUGCCAGGAUGCUCGACUGGCUGCAGGAGAAAGAUGAUUUUUCUCUCGGGAAUGUCCACUUGAUCGGCUACAGCCUUGGAGCUCAUGUGGCUGGGUAUGCUGGCAACUUCGUGAAAGGAACGGUGGGCCGAAUCACAGGUUUGGAUCCUGCCGGGCCCAUGUUUGAAGGGGCUGACAUCCACAAGAGGCUGUCUCCUGACGAUGCAGAUUUUGUGGAUGUCCUCCACACCUACACGCGUUCCUUCGGCUUGAGCAUUGGUAUUCAGAUGCCUGUGGGCCACAUUGACAUCUACCCCAAUGGGGGUGACUUCCAGCCAGGCUGUGGACUCAACGAUGUCUUGGGAUCAAUGGCAUAUGGAACAAUCACAGAGGUGGUAAAAUGUGAGCAUGAGCGGGCCGUCCACCUCUUUGUUGACUCUCUGGUGAAUCAAGACAAGCCAAGCUUUGCCUUCCAGUGCACUGACUCCAAUCGCUUCAAGAAGGGGAUCUGUCUGAGCUGCCGCAAGAACCGUUGUAAUAGCAUUGGCUACAAUGCCAAGAAAAUGAGGAACAAGAGGAACAGCAAAAUGUAUCUAAAAACCCGGGCAGGCAUGCCUUUCAGAGUUUACCAUUAUCAGAUGAAAAUCCAUGUCUUCAGUUACAAGAACAUGGGAGAAAUUGAGCCCACCUUUUAUGUUACCCUUUAUGGCACUAAUGCAGAUUCCCAGACUCUGCCACUGGAAAUAGUGGAGCGGAUUGAGCAGAAUGCCACCAACACCUUCCUGGUCUACACCGAGGAGGACUUGGGAGACCUCUUGAAAAUCCAGCUCACCUGGGAGGGGGCCUCUCAGUCUUGGUACAACCUGUGGAAGGAGCUUCGCAGCUACCUGUCUCAACCCCACAACCCCGGACGGGAGCUGAAUAUCAGGCGCAUCCGGGUGAAGUCUGGGGAAACCCAGCGGAAACUGACAUUUUGUGCAGAAGACCCUGAGAACACCAGCAUAUCCCCAGGCCGGGAGCUCUGGUUUCGCAAGUGUCGGGAUGGCUGGAGGAUGAAAAAUGAAACCAGUCCCACUGUGGAGCUUCCCUGAGGGUGCCCUGGCAAGUCUUGCCAGCAAGGCUGGAAGACUGCCUGCUAUCCAAGCACACGGAGGAGAGUUACUGCUGAGGACCCACCAAUGGGAGGAUUCUUCUCAGCCUUGACCCUGGAGCUCCGGGAACAACUGGUCUCCUGUAAUGGCCGGGAUUCCUCGUUGGAGGGGACUGUACGCUGCUAUAGCUCUUGCUGCCUCUCUUGAAUAGCUCUAACUCCAAACCUCUGUCCACACCUCCAGACCACCAAGUCCAGAUUUAUGUGUAAGCAGCUGGGUGCCUGAGGCCUCCCGUGCACACUGGAUUGGUUUCUCAGUUGCUGGGUGAGCCUGUACUCUGCCUGACAAGGAAUGCUGGCUCUGAAGAGGCCCUGUGUAGAAGGCUGUCAGCUGCUCAGCCUGCCUUGAGCCUUAGUGAGAAGUCCUUCCAAUGGGAGCUGACUCUUGUCAGAAUGGCAGGCCUGGUAUCUUGUUCAGACCCUGACUGUUGGGGUUCUCAUGGGUUGCACUGACC